CAAGCACCACAGACAAGCUCACCACCAUGGGGAAAGUAUUUAUGAAAGAUGAAUUGGCUUCUAUGCUGAAUCCGGCGCCAGAAGUUGAGAAGGACCCGGAGGCGAUAGAUGCACCGUUUUCUGACGAGGAGUACUCAAGUGAUAAUCAAAACAAUGCUGCUGGAAGAGAGCAUUAUGUUGACGUUGGCGCGAGCAAACUACGUAGCAAACAAGCCCCUGCUUUGGAUCCUCGUUUUAAGGGAAAAAAGACUACUAGGAAGGACUUGGUGGAUCAAACCAACGAAUCCGUCUCAGCGGAAGGCUCUGAGGACCUGGAAGAGGAAUCUAUCGAUGAAGACGACAGUGCCAUUUCUGGUGAAGAAUUGUCUGAAGGAGUUUCCGGAGACGAAAACGAAGAAGAUGUUAGUGAUCAAGCACCUUCUGAAAACGAAGGCGAGUCUGAAUCUAAAUCGUCUUCUGAAGACGAGAAUGAUCAAGUAAGGGCUCUUCCUGACAGCGAUCUCUCCAAGUUAAAAAAGAUGCUGCAUGGAGAGCAAAAACUUUCUGAUAAAAUUCGUAGUUCUGCAGUUCAGGACAUGCAAAAGGGUCUUGCUCUUCAAGAACAGAUGCGUUUGUACGAUCGUGUACUAGAUACACGGAUACGUCUGCAGAAGGGGUUCUCCCAAGCACAUGCUAUGAGUACAUCUAAAGAAGGGCAGGAACAAGACUCGAAGAUUCAAGAUGGCGAGACUGCAUCAGAAGUCUCGUCUGAAGAUGUUAAAAAAUCCUUGAUGUCUUUUCUUCAAGAAACUAUGGAGCUUCGCUUUGAUAUGAUGGUGGACAGUGGUAUCGAGCCCAGAGGUCUAAAAAGGAAAGCUGAGUCUGAGGAUGUAGAAUCUAUUUCGUCCGCAAUGAAUGAUUUGGAUAACUCUUUAGAAGAGUGGAAAAAUAAUACGUUAACAAAAUGGCACAGUCGUGUUCAAGCUUCUCAAGGAAUAACGCAAUCCAAUAAAUUCAAGGCUUUGAACCAAAAUGUUGUGCAACAAAUCGAUCAAACAAUGCUCAAUAAAAAUGACCUUAUUGAGCGUUCGCGCUUCAACCGCUCAGAAAAUUCUCGCAAAGAUCCUGAUCCUGAGCUAUAUGACGAUACCGAGUUCUACCAGUCAUUAUUAAAAGAUUUCAUCAAUUCCAGAUUGGCAGACUCUGGAAGAGAUACGAAUGUCCGAUGGGUCGCUACCAAACAGCAAAAACAAAAAAGGGAAAAUGUUGACACAAAGGCUUCCAAGGGACGCAAGCUACGUUAUCAUGUUCACGAGAAGCUUCAGAACUUUAUGGUUCCUGUUGAGGUAACUUCUUGGCCUGAAGAACAUAUUGACGACCUAUUCAACAGUCUUCUGGGUCAGCGCAUUGAUAUGUCCGAGAAUCCUAAAGAUGAGGAGGAUGCAGAGAAGAAGCAAGAAGAACAAGAGCUUUCUUUGGCUACCAACGAUGGUUUCUCUCUUUUUGGCUAGGCAGCUUAACGGAAAAAUUCAGGCAAUAUGGUUAUUUGAUAAUUAAAAUAUUUGGGUCUUAAAGUAAUGGAUAGAUAAUAUUGGUUUCUUGUUCAGCAUAGAAGUUAAUACUGGAGAAAAUCGUUAGAUUCAUAGUUUCGUUUCUCUAGCAUUGAGGGCUGGGAGGUUUGUUUGUUUUCAAAAAAUUUAAUUUUUGGGUUUUAUAUAGUGCAUAUUAUUAUGAUCUUACCUAUUG